AUGAUGGUAGGUGAGCCGCAGCUGUUCAGUGAAGUACCUGUGCACAUCUACAGAAAAGACCGAGUCGAAACCAUCAUGACGUUUCUGGUGAAGCAGGAUGUGGACAGUGUCAAUCGAAAUCUGGCGGAUGUGGAGAAACAGCUCUCUGUCUUUACUGGAGGUACCGCUGAAAUCACCGAUAUCCAACCAUACAAACAGGACAGCGACCAAAACAGUGGACAACAAAGGGCAGAACAGACAGUGAUCACGGCCCGUGUGACCCGUCCGUACGGUGCCAUCUUCAACACCACGGGACUGAACGGAGGAACUACCAGCGAUGGAGCGGACAACGGUAGCAACUCCGGGCCCGUGGUCCAGGCAACCGUGGACAACGUCUGGUUUUGGCUCCUGAUUGUGCUGGCACUGUUCAUUCUUCUGGCGAUCAUAAUUGGCUGCUGCUGCUACAACUGUGCCUUCUGCUAUACCUGCUGUCCGCUGCUUAGCUGCUACAAAAAGAAGGAAGCCAAGGACUACGACGAAGAGGCCGUGGCCUAUGUCGGUAUCGAGAAUAACCAAAGAGUGAGGAGCCAGGGCGGUCGAAGUGGUCGAGUCCUUCGACAGAUGAGGAGGGCGGUGUCUGGAAACGCGCAGCGAGUGAGAUCAGCAGCUAACGCCUGGCCUAACGGACAAUACCGAACGCAGCCAAACGGCCGGAGGAACUCUCACUCCUCCACACUCCGCCUGAUGGAAGCACCUGCCGACGAGCCGGGCCGAGAGAACGUGCUGCUGGCGCGCCACGAGAUGGAGGACGAAAUGGCGCGACACGUGGCGCUACAAAAUGCACGUGGCGCACGGGAUAAUCAGAUUAUUCUCGUACCGAAUGAGAUUGGGAGCCUUCAUAGGACGAAUUCUAGAGCAUCAAGGGGCGGUCCCAAGAUGUACCGGGUGAUGGGUGGUGAUCGGCCGAUGCUGGUGCGCGCUGCCGAGGGGGACGAGGUCGGGUACCAACUGGAGGAUCUGGAAGAUGAAGAGCUGCAGCGGUUAGAGAUGGAGAGACAGUCGGUCAUACUGCCACAGGCGCGACGGUCGCCUUCGGUUGAGGUACUGACCUUGAACGACAACAGCGGGCGAGACGCUGAGUACCGUCACCAUGGCAACAGCGAGACGCUCCGACUGCAUACCUCCGCCCGCCCCAGGCGUAGAGAAGUCUAUAUAGAUGAGGACGGCAACGAGAUCGAACGCCCCACCUACCGCGGUCGUCCUCGAGACGACUCUGAUAUCCAAUACGGCUCCGGUCGACUGCGACUGAGUGACCGAACCCCUGGAAAAGACCGACACCACCGGACGCGCAGCGAGGUCCUCGUGCUUCACGAAGAGGAUGGAGAAGAGGAGGAAGAGCAAGAUGGCCGACGAGGGAUGGACGAUGGCGGCGGGAAGGCUAUGUUGAUGCAACGCUUCAUUGGGAGAGAUGGUGCAGGCCCGGCCGAGCCCGGCCCUUCCGGCCUCUCCGACUACCCCUACCACAGCCGGCAGCCGGGCGGCAUUGCCACCGUGACGUCACAGCGGCGAGUCGGUGACGUCACUGAGGCAGAGGCGCUGGCGAUAAGGGCGCCGAUACAAGAAGAAACUGCCAGUGUUCUGGACCGUGAGGACCGAGAGGAUCGCCGCAGACGAGCCGGUGCCACUGAAGGAGCUCCCAACUCUGAGCUCAACCCCGCACGACAAUACCGCCGACAGCGAAGCCGCAGUCAGGAUCCUGAGUAUCACCGCGAGCCCGUGGAACCCCCCCGAGGUCGAAGACGCUCCACGGACGAAGGGGAACCACCUAGAAGGGACCACGCUGGAGGGCCCAUUCCUGGGAGACUGGCUGAUUCUCGUCCAGGUUCCCAGUUGAGUCUCCAAUUUAGUAGUCAUAUGAUAAACAGCAAUCGACUGCAGAGGGUCGGAUCAGCUGGAUCGCAAGGUCGUCCAAGACGUGAACGCACUCGAACAGAUAGUCGUGAAAGAGGUGUGGAAGACCGAGCAAGACCAAGACGAAGGGAUGAUUCAGUUGGAUCGUAUGGAAGGCAGAGGAACAGGGAUGAUGAGAGAGGCGAAAACGUGGAUGGCAUGCGCCAAGGAGAAAGACGAGGAGGGGAGAGAAGAAGUGAUAGGUUUGAGGAUGAUCGCGGGGAGAUAAAAGGACGUCAAGAGCGAGAUGAAGGCAGAUACAGUCGUGAAGAGAACGUUGAUGACGGAGGAAGAGACAAUGGUCGGAAUCGUAGAGAUGAAAAUGGAAGACAGCGAGAGGACUGGGAUGGAAGGAAUGAUAGAAACGAAAGAGGCGGUUACCACGGCGAUGCACGAAGAGACAGGGACGUCGAUGCUAGACGACAAGAUGGCGACGGUGAAAGACGUGGAAGGCGACGAAAUCAGGAUGAAGGAGACAACUAUCAAGACGAAGAGCAAAAUGGCCAGCAACGAGGAAGGAAAAAUGGGGAUCGAAGAAGAGACGAAGAGGAUAUGAGGGAAGGUGUAUCUGAACGAAGGCGAAAUGGCAAUAAAAGAAGUGAGGAUGAUGACUAUCAAGGGCGAGAUGACUACUAUCGUGGGCGUGACGAUUACGACGAAAGGGAUGACAGAGAUAUGAAAAGCAACCAAAAUCGCAAAAACAGAGACGAAGAUCCUAGGCGAGGAAGUGAACAAAAAGAGAAUUCGCAAAAACGUCGAGGAAGUGAUGACCUACAGAGUGAUAGCAGAAAGAGCGGUUCGCAUCGACAGAAUGGCACGCGGCGAGACAGCGAUGAUAUAACCGAUGAAGGAAAAGGAAGACGUGGAUCAAACGGGACAAAUGGAAGCCGACGGGGUUCCGAUGACAAGCGAAGCUCCGAUAGCGGCAACACCAAAAAUCUGUCGGGCAAAUCAGUAGCCAGUCGUGAUGAUAAACCUUCCAAGGGUCAGUCUGAUUCAAACACAUCAGCUGAAUCAAAACGCUCUUCAAAAGAUUCCAAAAAACAAUCUGCUGACAAACGUAAGGGCGAAACGUUUGAGAUCGAUAUGAAGGAUGCUAGCGAAAAACACAAAUCGAAAGACGGCAAGGCACUGAAGAAACAGGGAUCUCAGGAUUCAAAGGCGAACGGUGAUGACAAAUCGAAGACUAGGGAGUCCUCUGACGAAAGGGGAAAUGGGAGAGACGACGGUGGACAAGACAAGGGAAAAACUAAAUCAUCAAAGUCCUCAGGAUCAAAGAAAAACAGCGAUACAAAAUCUACUGACAAUGCAAACAAAGAUAAAUCUGCUAAGGAGUCGAAGUCAAACACAAGCGCAGAAAGUGACAAGAAAACAGACAGCAAAUCAUCUUCAUCCAAAACCAAAUCCAGUAAAAGCGACAAAGACAGCAAGAACAAAUCGGAGCAAGCUGCCAGUAGCGGCAACGAACCAACCACCGCCUCCGGAAAAUCAGCCAACUCAGCAACCACAAAGGCAAACAUUUCAGCCAACCCAGAACACGUGACUUCCAUCUCCUCCGACCACCGUCCUUCAGACAUUGCUGAGGCAAUCGCAGAGGGAGCCGAAGACCACCACCCUUCAAGUCUCCCACGUCAUCAAUCUGACAUCAGUGACGGCGUCAGCGGAGACAGCGGCUUCGCUGACGUCAACGCGCGUGCUCCUGUGAGUCAGGAUAUCCCCGAAGAAGAUGUCCGGCGAUUUGUGCCUGACGAUACUGGCUCCAAUAUCUCCUCGACACUUGUUCCUGGGGUAAGGAAGAAAAAGAACCAGUUCCUGGAGAAGAAGAGUAUCUUCACCAUUGCCUAUGAUGAUGUUCAUACUCAUCGUCUGAGGAGCGAUACGCCACAUGAAGCUGAUGUGUAGAGAAGGUCACGCUGUUUGAUGUUUUGAGGAGAUGCGGAUGCAUUGAUUUCAGGAGACGUUCGCGCGGAGGUUAGGUCAGUUUGCUGGGUGAUCAGGCUUAGUAAAAACUGCGGCGAACAGUCAUGCAAGGUGUAAAAGAACAUAUGCAAUUAUUUUUGUGCAUUUAUACACUCUGUUUGUGAAGCGAGACCGUGCAAGUAUGUGUGCAGCAGAGGAUUAUGAAAAAUUAGGCGUGCACACAACACAUGCAUUGCAUUUUCAUUUGCCCUUUAUUGGUCUGGAUGAAUGUGAAAAAAUACCAUUUCUAGUGCAAUGUUGUUGUGUCUAUGUCAUUUGAUCCUUUUUCUGAAGCUUUCGUUACAUCGUUUAGAAUGCACUAUGCAAUGAUGAAAUGUGUAACAUGUACAAGCAAGAUAAUAGGCAACUUCACACUAAUUGUUAGCGAUGCCUUCAGCGAGAUCCAGUUUGGUUUCGACCACAUUAUGUCAAAUGAUGACUUAGUCCGUUGUUGAACGGAACUGCACUACCUAAAUGUCGCGUGUGAUUAUGUUAUUCGAACAUAUCUGUCCACAUCACUCAGUCCGUUAACCUCAACCAAUCCGUCCAUUUACCCAAUCUGUCCACGUUGAUCAAUCAACCACAAUCCGUCCACUGAGGCGUCGUGAUCAAUUGCGCUCGGCAAUGCUUACUCACUUUUAUCGAAUACCGGCUAGCGAUGCCGGCUAGCAAGCGUGAAUUGAAUGUGUUUUGGAUGCUGAUAACUGUAUCACCUGUGGCCUUAGCUCUGUAAGUAAUACGUGUCAUGAACAUUGUGUUCUAGCAAGGUGACAAAACGUUGUUUUAGGACUUGAUGGUUGCAAUGUUUGCUGAAAUUUUAGACAUGUAUUAUGCAAACUUAGAUGAAUGCCUUGCAGAAAGUCCAUGCAUAACUUGCAUCGACAAUAUCACGAUAUUGUAUCGUAAUUUUUGAUUUCUUGUUUUGAAUGCUUAAUUGUUUAUCCACGCAAAUAUUACCAAACAUGUCUCUCUCUUACUUUCUCCCUCUCUCUCUCUCUCUCUCUCUCUCUCUCUCUCUCUCCUCUCUCUCUCUCUCUCUCUCUCUCUCUCUCUCUCUCUCUCUCUCUCUCUCUCUCUCUCUCUCUCUCUCCUCCCCCUUUCUCCAAUCUCCAUUCUAUACCUCUAUCCAUUUCGGAAUACCAGACAAAGCGAUUAAAUAGCGUUGUAUAUGAUUGUGGCGAUCUCUGCUGUGAAUACUCGAAUGCCCAGCCACGUUUGUAAUAAAUGCACAUCCGUUUG